CUCCGCUGACUACAAAUAGGUGAGUAUUUCGGCCAGAGGUAAUUAAUUCUCUCCUCUGGUUCUUGCUUUGAUCUUUUGAUAAAACAUACAAUCCCAUAUAUCAUAAAACAAACACAAACAGAAUGGUGUGCAUAUAUCUCAUUCUUUUUGUCUCCUUGGCUACCCUCUCCCUCAUCAUCCUCUUCUACAAACACAAAUCCCAUUUCUCUCACCCUAAUCUUCCUCCGGGCAAGACCGGCCUCCCAUUCCUUGGCGAGACCAUCCAAUUCCUCUCUUGCGGAUGGCGUGGUCAUCCGGAAAAGUUCAUCCAUGAUAGGGUGACUAAGUUUUCCUCCUUAAUAUUCAAAACUAGCCUUAACUUUGAGCCUACCGCAGUGUUAUGUGGCCAUGAGGGGAACAAAUUUUUGUUUUCUAAUGAAAACAAACUUGUUAACGUAUGGUGGCCCCGCCAUUUUAACCAAAUAUUCCCUUCUUCUCUCGAAACAUCCAUCAAGGAUGAGUCGAAGAAGAUGCGCAAAUUGCUUAGCAAGUUUUUUAAACCUGAAUCCUUGCAGCAGUAUAUUGGAUUCAUGGAUAUAAUUGCUCAACGACAUUUUAAAUUAUAUUGGGAAAAUAAAGAGGAAGUUGUUGUGUAUCCUCUCGCGAAGUGUUACACAUUUUGGCUAGCUUGUAAGGUGUUCAUGAGUAUUGAUGAUCCUCAAUACAUUGUUAAAUUCAUGGAGUCGUUUAAUAUUUUGGUUGCUGGUCUAUUUUCUGUUCCAAUUAACAUGCCUGGAACGACGUUUAAUCGCGGUAUUAAAGCAUCCAAGUAUAUUAGGAAUGGUCUGUUGAAGAUAAUUCAGGAAAGAAAGAUUGAUUUGGCUGAUGGUAAAGCAUUGCCAGAUCAGGAUAUAUUGUCACACAUGAUGUUAACGUGCACUGAAGAUGGGCAGUACAUGAAGGAGUUGGAUAUUGCUGAUAAGAUUCUAGGGUUGUUGGUAGGAGGAUAUGAUACUGCCAGUAUUUCAUGUACUUUCAUUGUCAAGUAUCUCGCGGAGCUGCCUGAUAUUUACGACAGAGUGUAUAAAGAGCAAAUGGAGGUUGCCAAAAGCAAAGCACCCGGAGAGCUAUUGAAUUGGAAGGAUCUUCAAAGAAUGAAGUAUUCAUGGAACGUAGCGUGUGAAGUACUAAGACUCACACCACCUCUCCAAGGUACAUUCAGGGAAGCCAUCAAUGACUUUGUUUUCAACGGCUUCUUCAUCCCCAAAGGCUGGAAGUUGUAUUGGAGUGUACACACAACCCAUAAACACCCCGAAUACUUCCCGGAACCCGAUAAAUUCGACCCGAGCAGAUUCGAAGGAGUUGGACCGGCUCCUUACACAUAUGCUCCAUUUGGAGGAGGUCCAAGAAUGUGCCCAGGAAAAGAGUAUGCUCGACUGGAAAUACUAGUGUUCAUGCACAACCUUGUGAAAAGGUUCCGAUGGGAGAAAUUGGUUCAUGAUGAAAAGACUGUUGUUGAUCCAAUGCCAAGGCCUGUCAAAGGACUUCCAAUUCACCUUUAUUGUCACAAUACUUGAAUUAGCUUUUAGUUUUAUAUAUUUUAGUAACUAUUUCCAAUAACCCUAAGCUGAGGUGGUUAAGGCAUGUAUUCAAAUUGGGUGCUUAAGACGUAUGCUCAUGACUUACCUAUUAAAAAAGUAACUAUUAUUAAUUAAUUAAACACAUGCUUGUGAUGAUUGAAUAUU